AUGAUGUCGAGUGCUAAGUCAUCCCCAAGGAAGGGUGAUAAAAAGAAAGAAAUAAUAAAAAGCGAUUCAAAAGAAAUAAAUCUCUGAACAAAAGGUCUUUCAGGCUUCAAGAUGGGUAAAUUACUUGGAAAGGGAGGAUAUGCGAAGUGUUACGAAGCUCUAGAUUUAAACACUAAAAAGGUUUAUGCGAUAAAAAUAGUCAACAGAUCGAAAAUAACACAAGAGGAGAACAAGAAAAAGCUGGAGACUGAGAUAAAGUUGCACAAAUAUGUAUCUUCUUCUGCUAUAAAAUCUGACGACAAAGUGUCAAACAUCGCAAAGCUCUACCAAUACUUUGAAGAUGCAAAGAACGUCUACAUUCUGCUUGAGUUAUGUGAAAAUCUAAGCCUUGAUGUACUCCUGAAAAGAAGACUUCGGCUGAGAGAAGUUGAGGUGAGAUGAUACUUAGCUCAGAUAAUCAAUGGCCUGAAGCAACUCAAGAGACAUAAUAUCAUACAUAGAGAUUUAAAGUUAGGCAAUCUCUUUCUGACAAAGAAAAUGGAAAUCAAGAUUGGAGAUUUUGGAUUAGCUGUACAACUUAAAAAUCCAACUGCGAAGAGAAAAUCUGUUUGUGGAACACCAAAUUAUAUUGCACCUGAAGUGUUAGACGAGGGGCAUGGACACUCUUUUGAAGUAGAUAUUUGGGCAUGUGGUGUCAUUAUUUAUACUCUCCUAGUGGGGAGACCUCCUUUUGAAACUAGAGAUCUUCAUGAAACUUAUAGAAAAAUUCAAAGAGCAACUUAUAGUUUCCCUAAGCAUGUUAACAUAAGCGAUAAUGCUAAAGAUUUGAUAUCAAGAUGUUUACAAAUAGACCCUUUGAAGCGUAUAAAGCUUGAAAAAAUGUUAUCCCAUAAUUUCUUCAAAGAAGGGUACCCUGAGCUUUGCCCUGUCACCACUCUCACCAUUCCACCAUCAAUAUCGUACAGUGAAGCAUUUAAACCAAAAACUGGGAAGACUUCACCAGGAAAACCGCCUAUUAAAUAAAUCUGCUUAUUUCAGAACGACAUAUCAGCCGAUAUCAGCUAAGCGAAGUCUAGCUAGGCCAAAGAAGUUGAGCAAUCAGAUGGACUUACCUCUGAAGAAAAACUACAAAAGAGAAAGCAUGGUUCUAACAAAAUCAAAAUCUUCUAAACUGAAAUAACCCGAGCAGGGUCACCAGCAAGAGAUGUAGGUCUAUUGAUGGCCAACAGGUCUCUUUCGAAAUCAAGAAAGUCUCCGCACUGAAGAACCUCAAACAUAUACAGGAGAUCAGAAGAGAACAAGCAGGCACUCCGUGUAAUUUAGAAGUAGAGAGAAAGAAAUAAACUAACUAGAGAGGGUUCUUGGGACGAAAGUUCAGUCGAAGCUGAGGAACUUGAAACCCAAAAGUUUAAUCCCAGAUUCAAGCCUACAAAGCCAAGCGUCAUGAGUAGUAGACAAAGUGUAGAUAAGAGUAACAAGGCAGCAUAUAAAUCAUUCCAAGAUGACACCAAUGCUCAAGGAAAAAUGGAUUUAUUUAAUUCGAUGGAUAGUAAAAGAGAGGAGUCAGUCAAACUAGAGCAAGUAUUAAAAGCCAAAGAAGAGCCAUCCACUGCUGAGUCCUUUGGAUCAAGUAUCAAUGAAAGUAUUAGAUCUUUCUCAAUGUGGAACUCUUGUAAUAAAUCUGGUCCUUCAAGCACUGGAUGCACUCUUAUUUCAGAGUUUUUAAAACCAACUGAUUCUGGAUUAUUCUGCUAUAAACUUUCCUCUGGAAAUUACGGAAUACUAUUCAAAAAUUCUGCUAAAAUAGUUGUCUCACAAGAUCUGUUUCAAUUUUAUUACUUAAGGAGAAGUCAAAGUAAUGGCAAAUCUCAGUUUAAAGCUUCUCUGCAUAACUUUGACAAGGUGCCUGUUUGUCUCAAACCCCAUUUGAGAGAAAUUUACUCUUCAUUACAAUCUCUAUGUGGAAAGAAAAUGCUACAUGAUCCUGGAGAUUCAGAAAGUGUUGAUGAAAGCUUUUACCUAAGUCAGAAUAUUGUCUAUUGAAACAGAAUAAAGAAGGAAAAGUCUGCUUUUAUAUUUAAAAUGAGCAAUCAAAUCAUGCACAUCAUCUUUGAUGAUUCUACUGAGAUAAUAUUUAAUGAGAAAGAAAUGAUAUCGGUCAUCCUUACAAAGGAUAAGCAAAUUUUAAAAGCAAAUAUAGCCAAUAACUUCCACAGCUUUUUCACUCUUGCUAACCAUAACCACGGGUUGAACAAGAAGUUGGUUUUUGCAAAGGAAAUAUUUGAGAGGGCAAACACAUCAAGCGCUUUGAAGACUACUAAGAAGAAGUAUUCCCUCUAUAUGAACCCUCUGGCUAAGAAAACCAAGAAUUAUUCAGUCAAUUUAGGAUACAAACCAUCUCCAACGAAGCGUGUCAGAAAGAAGACGACCUCUAGCACGAGUUAUAAGACUGCUCGAGAUGCUAUUAAAAAUGGUGUUACACAGGAAAUUAGGAAGAAGCUUUCAACACAGUUCUAUAACUUCUCUAAGCCAUCUCAAAAGAGAAAUCACCCAUUGUUGAAGAACAAGUCAGGCCUUGGAAAUGAUCCCAAGCAUUGAUUUAGCCACGAAUUUGAUAAGAAAGCUCUCCAUUACUCUAAUAUUGCAUAA